AUGCAAUGGACCAAAGCUGAGAAACGCUGCAGGGUCCCAGAGACGUCCACGGAAAGAGCAAAAGUUAUGAUGCUCCCUCAGGCUUGGGAAAAGGGGCUGCUCGCCACCCUGGAAGAAUCGCGGAGGAGCAGAGCCACCCCUACUCGAGCUUGCCAGCCGCCUGAAACGCGCAGAAGCGAAAGUCCCCACUGCCAGCGCAGCGAGGACGGUCACCCCCUUGCGCAGCGCGGGCUUCUAGAAAGCAGCCCGCGGUUGGCUGUAGCUCCUGUCCAUCAGCCCUCGGGGGCGGGGCCAGCGGGCUCGGCCAUCCGAGGUGUUCGUCAUAGCGGAGCGACGCCUGGGACGCUGUUGGCGGCCGAGGCUCGGCCUGGUGUCAUGGCGGCGGCGGCAGCGGCAGCUCCCAGCCCGCCCCAGCCCGGCGGACACGCUCCGGAGAUCGGCGCCGACCCUGCGGCCUCGGAGGUGGCGAGCAGCGCUCUGCGCUGCCUGGCCGGGCUGGCGGGGCAGCUUAACCUUGAGGAUGAUAUUGUGAAAGUUGUAAUCGAUUGGAGCAAGCUUCAAAGCACAUCAGCGCUUCAGCCAAUGUUGCUCUUCAGUGCGCUUCAGCAGCAUAUUUUAUGUUUGCAGCCUCUUUUAGAAAAACUCCAGUCAUUGAUUAAAGAGGAAAAUAUAGGCCAUGUUGAACCUACAUGUAAAACAGGCAAUCAAACUUGUGAAACAAGUUUAGGUGUUUAUGAUGGUAACUGUCAGACUGAAGAAAAGUAUGCAAGUUAUGAUUUGGGAGAUCUGAAAGAAGCUCAUAUUAAUUAUGAUCCAGAGGUGGUCCAAAUAAAAGCUGGAAAAGCAGAAAUUGACAGGCGGAUAUCAGCCUUCAUCGAGAGGAAACAAGCUGAGAUCAAUGAAAAUAAUGUCAGGGAAUUUUGCAAUGUUAUUGAUUGUAAUCAAGAAAAUAGCUGUGCCAGAACAGAUGCAAUUUUCACACCCUAUCCUGGAUUUAAAAGCCAUAUAAAGGUUUCUAGAGUAGUAAAUACAUAUGGUCCUCAGACUAGAUCUGAAGGAGCGCAUGGGUCCAGUCACAAAGCCAGUGUCCCCAUGCAUGAUUGUGGAAACCAAGCUGUUGAGGAGAGAUUGCAAAACAUUGAAGCACACUUACGGUUACAAACAGGUGGUCCUGUACCAAGAGACAUUUAUCAGAGAAUUAAGAAGCUUGAAGAUAAAAUCCUUGAGCUAGAAGGACUGUCUCCUGAAUAUUUUCAAUCUGUGAGUUGUUCUGGCAAGAGGAGAAAGAUUCACCCUCCUCACCAGAACUAUUCAUUGGCUGAACUUGAUGAAAAGAUCAAUGCCAUAAAACAGGCAUUACUGAGGAAGACAAAAGAGAGCAAGUCCAAGGAGGUUGAGCGGCUUCUUCGAUAAAAAAAAAGUAUUUUCAGAAUCCUCAUCGUGCUUUACACAUGCCUAAACCAUAGACCUGAGUAGUGUUGAUCAGCGAUGACUUUAGCAAUGAAAGCAAAGCAUGCUUAUAACCUCCUUUUGGAUGAUCUUGAAAGCUUUGUUUCGGAAUAGCUCAUUUAAAAACUGUCUUAUCAAUUAGUUACUGUAAAAUGAAGAAUGUUUUAGGAAUAGCAUUCUAAUCCAUUCCCUUCUGUUAUAAAGGAGGAUUGCAGCAUUGUUCAUAUGUGGAAAGUUGUAAUCCACAUAAAAAAGCUACAUUUCACAUGUAAUUCUUGAUGAUUGGGUAUUCAAAAGGGCUAUCUUUUGAAUACUUUCUGUGUAAGUAGUUUGCAUAGACUUGUGAAAUACAACUAAAUACUCAUAAACAAACUUAGGAAAAU